AUGUCGGCAAUGGUCGAGACUCGGACAUUCGCAGUACCAGUACCGCAGGAGAGGUUAGAGAGCUCCUCCCAAACAGCAAAAGCCAUACCAAGCCGUCCUCUAUACACCAUCGAUGAUUUGAUCUACAAUCGAAGUCAGACAAUUCCAGAUGUUCCUUUAGUGGCAUAUCCUGGUAGCUCUAGAGGACGAUCAGACUAUGUUCAUUACACGGCGAGGGACCUUGAUCGAUUUGCUGACCAUGGAGCAAAUGCGUAUACAUCAAUUGGUCUCGUUCCCAAUUCAAAGAAGAAUUCCGAUGCAGAAAUCGUUGCCCUUUUAGCACCCUCAAAUCUCGAUUAUAUCGCCACUAUCUUUGCCUUGACGCGUCUAGACUUCGCAGUUUUGUUGCUUUCUAACAGAUUAGCACCAGAAGCAUACAUCUCGCUUCUCAAGAAGACAGGUUGUAAGCGAAUCAUUAGUUCAGAUAAUCACAGCGAAGUCACUAAAUCGAUUCAAACUGAGCUUGAAAUUACUCAAUAUCCCGUGCUGAAACAAUCCCAAUACGAUAUCAAAGCCCCAUUAACUCCGCGGUUUCCUCGAUUCAUUGGGAAUCCUUCAGAUUCGACCCGCUAUUCAUUUAUCAUCCACUCGUCGGGCUCAACAGGACUCCCUAAACCAAUUUUUCAAACACACGCGGCGUGCCUUUCCAACUACUCGAAUAGUUUUGGCUAUCGGGCAUUUUUGACAUUACCUUUGUAUCAUAACCAUGGACUUUCAUCUUUCUUCAGGGCGGUCCACUCGGUGAAGGAGAUCUCCAUGUUCAAUGCCAACUUACCAUUGACGGGCAAUAAUCUGAUCGACGGAAUGGCUGCAGUGAACCCAGAAAGUUUCCAUGGUGUACCUUAUGCAUUAAAACUACUUGCGGAGUCGGAAAAUGGAAUUGAAGCUUUGCGGAAAUGUAAGCUAGUCUUGUUUGGAGGAAGUAGUUGUCCCGAUGAUCUUGGAGACCGUUUGACACAGGCCGACGUUUACUUGGUUGGUCAUUAUGGCGCUACCGAGAUAGGCCAGCUCAUGACUUCCUUUCGCUCACGAGAAGAUACAGCAUGGAACUAUGUUCGACCUCUGCCAUCAUGUAUGCCAUACAUACAAAUGGCGCCACGAGCAUCGAAUACAUUUGAAUGUGUGGUACUGGAUGGUUUACCGUCAAAAGUUGCCUCAAAUUCCCAAGAUCCACCGAAUUCUUUCAAAACGAGUGAUUUAUUUACCCCUCAUCCUUCAAUUCCGAAUGCCUGGAAAUAUCUUGGACGAUUAGAUGAUCGUAUUACUCUUGUCAACGGAGAGAAGGUUCUUCCAAUUACAUACGAACAUCAAGUUAGAGAACACGAACUCGUGAGAGAAGCGUGUGUGUUCGGUGUUGGCCGGGCAUUCCCCGGUUUGAUCAUUGUUCCAAGUGAGAAAGCGACUGGUCUAAGCAAAGAGAGCUUGCUGAAAAAGCUCUGGCCAGUGGUAGUUGCAGCAAACUCAAGAGUAGAGGCCUUCAGCCAGGUCUCUGAAGAGAUGGUGGAGAUUUUGCAAGUUGGUGUCGAAUAUCCUUGCACCGACAAAGGAACCAUGAUUCGACCUGCUUUCUACAAAAAAUUCGAAGAUUUAAUAAAUUCGAUGUACCAACGCUUUGAGACACCACUAGAGGUUCAAAAUGGUGCCCUUCAAUUGAAUAGAGAGCAAUUAGAGGAUUUUCUACUUGCUACCUUCAAGGAAAGGAUUGGGAUUAGUCAACAUCUUGAAAAGAGUACCGAUUUUUUUGAAGCUAGCGUUGACAGCCUCCAAGCAAUUGCAGUGCGAGGUAUCAUAUUGCGAGAACUGGACCUAGCUUCCAGGAUACCAAGUCAGAACGUGGUUUUUGAACACUCGAAUGUGCAGGCAUUGGCUGAACAUUUGGAUGCUCUACGGAAAGGCGAGAUAUCAGAGCAGAAGGAUGAGAUCAAGGUCAUGGAGGCACUGAUUCGAAAAUACUCUCAUUUUGACCAACAUAUUCCUGGUUCCCGAGUCGUGGAUGGGGAAACAAUUAUUUUGACUGGCGCUACCGGCUCGCUCGGCGCACAUGUUCUUUCCAAACUCAUCCAGAAAGAAUCCGUCAAAGCAGUAUAUUGCCUUGUUCGAGCCAGCAACCAGCAACAGGCAGAGGACAGAGUCCGAAAUAUUCUUUCAAGCAAGAAGAUAUCACCAACCACAUUCUUAAAAGUUCAUUGUUUUCCAUCAGAUUUCAGCCACGCGGAUCUCGGCCUCGAGUCCUCCAUAAUCGAAACGUUGCGAGAUGACCUUACAAUGGUCAUUCAUUGUGCUUGGGCUGUAAACUUUAAUCUUGGUGUUCAAAGCUUCGAAUCCCAUCAUAUUAAAGGAACCGUGAACCUUCUCAAUCUAUGCCUUACUGUUCGUAGUCACUCACCCGCUAGGCUAUUCUUCUGUUCCUCAAUUUCGGCGGCGGCGGGCACUCCUUUACCUGCUACAAUCGAAGAAACAUUUAUCACAAAUUUGAAUCAUGCUCAAAAGAUGGGGUAUGCACGAUCGAAAUUGGUAACCGAAACCAUAAUCGGAGAAGCUGCGAGACAGACUGGAAUGCAAGCAAAGGUUUUGAGGGUUGGGCAAAUUGUUGGAGAUACGGUUGAGGGGCUGUGGAAUAGCACCGAAGCUAUCUCUCUGAUGAUAAGGAGUGCCACGACGCUUGGUGCUUUGCCGGCUUUGGAAGAGACUCCUUCUUGGUUACCUGCCGAUAUUGUUGCUCAAGCGGUCUUGGACCUAUCUGGUCUUAACACUUCUUCUUCAGAAGUUCUCACGCAAGGCUCGGUUACAAGAAGUAUCGUCUACCACGUACAAAACUCCCACACAUUUUCCUGGACCAAUGACCUUCUUCCUGCAUUACAAGCAGCAGGGUUGAGCUUCAAUAUUGUCAGUCAAAGAGAAUGGGUCAAGUUACUAAGGGAAGGCGAGCAAGAUCCGGAUAAGAACCCAACGAUAAAGCUUUUGGAUUUCUUUGCCGAGAAAUAUGACAAUGAUAAACCUGGCCGGCAAGGACUUGUUUUCAAAACAGAGGAGACAGGGCUAAGAUCGGAGGUUAUAAAGAAUGGCUAUGAUAUUGUGGGAAGUGGUUUGGUCAAGAAAUUUGUUGAUAGUUGGAGGAAGGAAUGGUGA